AAAGCAAAGCACUGGAGUAUCUAAAACAUGAGUGAAGCCUCUGUACUAUCAUGUACUGUCAUUACCUUAUUUAACGCACCUGUGCUUUUGCUAUCAUGACAAACAUAUCCUAUUGGAUCUUUAGUUCUCUGACCUAUUUUCCUUUUUGGCUGAGUUAAAGGCUAAUUACAUCCAAUAAUUCAGUUGUAUAAGGUAAUAUUGUUAAGGAUACAUUCAGAAUACUAGGUUCUAGGUGAUUUUACAAGAUUUGGCCUUUUUUUUGUCACGCUUCUCUUUCUGGAUACAUCCAACAGGAAAGACCUUCUCUCCUCAAGGAAGAAGCACUGUUGGACAGCUGGACCCUGAGGUGGAUUCAUUGCUACCUUAAACAGCUUUAAUUGAGUCUAGGAAUAUAGAGGAUGGCUAUGAAAACUGUAUAAAACGUUUACUUGUGUGAUAAAGUAACAUACAAGUUAUGUUGCUUUAGUGGCUAGAAAGUUAGCUAACAGUCACUAGCUAAACGGUAUCCUGCUAGCCCGUUUCUUGCUAACUCAGGGGUCAAAGGGCUGUGGCAGCAAGCUCCAACAUCUCUGCAGGCAGCGGGCUAGCAGCUCCUGCAGCUGGGGAGAAACCCAGCUGGACCCGCUGGACUCAAAACAAGAACAACUCUCAGCAGAGGAACUGUGUUUGGGGAGUUUCUGCCUCCAUCUUGAGACGAAAAGAAUUUGAGGGACAUACUAGCCGAGCUGGAAUGAAGGACUGUCAACAAGCAGCCUUGUGUGCAGCAGGGUUUGUUGCUUUAUGCUGAAGCAUUGGCCUACACUCCUCCUGAAGCCUGAGUCCAUCUGAUCCAGUCUGACCACCGAAGCCCUGCUGACUGACGCAGAUAAUCCUUGUUGGAGGAUUAAAGCCACGUCCUGGAGGAGGAGGGGAUCCUAUGCGACCUGUAUUUGUGUUUUAAAGCUCCUACAACCUUUUAGGAAGUAAUUCCCUGCUGACUGAAAUGCCUUCCACAAAGAGCUCCGUUCACUGGACUCUAUCAGAGGUGUUUGGGCAGCGGAGGGUUUUGGGGUUCGGAGCUCUGCUGGCAUGGCUUGUCCUCUUCCACCUACUCGUGAACGUUUGGCUGCUCUGCGUCUUCACCAGUCUCUUGGUGGUCCUCGGCGGUUGGCUGGGCUCCCGCGCCAUACUGGACACAAACAGCCUUCUCCAUUUGGAACACUUUUUGCCUCUUGGCAGUAUGAACCCACCUCUGUAUUCACCUGAGCAUGAGUGGAGGUUGAACAAUGAGAUCCACAAUGCCGUCCACAAAGCCGUGCGUGACUUUGUGUCUUCGUGGUAUCGAACUCUGCUGCCAGAGGUGGAGGGGGAGUUCGAACGUGCGGUACGUAACUCCAUGCUGGAGUCAGUUAUGGAACUGAAGGAGCGUGCGCGGCGAGUGGACAGAAAAGCGCUGGUUCAACGUCUGCUGGAGCUUUAUGGCUGUCACCUGCAGAGCUACAUGGCAGCGAGACACAUACAGUCGACUCAGAAGGAGAGCCUGAGUCUGUGGCGGCUCUACAGUGAAGUAGAUGCCCCUCACCCAGCCGUGAGGAGUGCGACUGCUGAGCUCAGCUACUCCAGGGCCUUAGUUAACCUCGUCUUAAACGUACUGGUUCCAUACCCUCAGAUGGAAACCAGGACCGGGGGUUACAUGGUUACAGAACUCAUCACCUGUAACGUGCUGAUGCCGCUCAUAAACCGGGUGUCCGAUCCUGACUGGCUCAACCAGACCAUUGUCGAUGUUAUCACCAAGUCCAGAGAACCACAGGAAAUCCAUGUGGAUGAUUUCCCAGCUGCACCUGGACUAUACCGAUGUGAGGUCCAGCAUGAAUCCUGGAUAACCUGCAAGUCUCUGUCAUCGUCUGAUCCAGACAGCUUCGCCAGCAGGAGCUCCUCUGAUCAUGACGAACCACAGAGCACCAUGUCUGAGAGGGAUUCCUCACAGAGCAGCAUGGUGAGCCUGAUGUCUGCGGGGAAUGUGGAAGGUUGUCACGCAGCUCUGCCCUCACCAUGCAAAGUGAACUGCUGUUCGCUCACGCCUGGCCAAUUCUCCCACUCGAUAAAGUCCAAAAGGAUUUCAUAUGACUCCUUAAUCCAGACAGACUCAGAAGAAGACCUGACAGGAGGCUUUUGUGAAUGUGGCCCUCCAACAAACUUCUGCAACGUGAUGAAUUUUAAGGACGAUGAGGCAUUCGGCUGCUUCGGUCCGCUGAAGAAUCUCGGGGCGAAAGUAGUGGUGCCCGAGGAAUCCCAGUGGCCAGCAGGUAUAGCCCAAGAGAAACCCCUGCCAUGUUCUCCGAAAGGAUUUGGUCUGACCUCCUCUGACUUUGAUAUCACCAACACCCAAGCUGCAGCUACGAACGUCCAGAACGUCCAGAUUUCUGGCACCAUCAGUGCAAUAGAGCCGGGCACAAGCACACAUCCCUAUACUCUGUACACUAUAAAGUUUGAGAAAAUGGGCGAAACGGAAAACGGUGGCCCUCCGCUACCUGCGUCCUGUCACACCGUCAACCGGCGAUACAGCGAGUUCCUCAACUUGCAAACACGUUUAGAGGAGAAGCCGGAAGUCAAGAAAGUUAUCAAGAAUGUCAAAGGCCCAAAGAAAAUGUUCCCUGACCUCCCGUUUGGCAAUGCAGAGAGCGACAAGGUCGAAGCCCGUAAAAGCCAGCUGGAUACAUUCCUGAAACAAUUAAGCAGUAUUCCUGAGAUGUCCAACAGUGAGGACAUGCAGGAGUUCCUGGCUCUAAACUCAGACGCCUGCACAUAUUUUGAAGAAAGAAGAAGACCUUUAGUCAAGUCACGGAUCGAUAAGAUGAUGGAAAAUGCUUUGGACACCUUGAAGACAGCUUUCCCUCACCCUGAGCCUCUCAGUCCAACGGAGGACCUUGAGGGAGAUUCUGAUGGAAAAACAAUGGAGAGUAGAAAGUACAGUUUUUCACACAGAGGGAGGCUUAUGUUCCCAAGCAAAAUUGCACCGUCUCUGAAUAUACCUGACCUGCACCCUAAAGUGACAUACUGCUUCAGUGAAGGCAGUGCUGUCCUCAAUGGUAUGUCACUGUCUGGCCUGGAGAGGUUUGUCCAAGAGCAGGAGAGACUUUUAUGUGGUUUGAAUGGCAAAGAGGCAGCCAGGCAGAAAUUUGAGCAGCCCGGCAAAGACAGAAAUACUUCUGGGAAAUCUCAUGGCACAGACACGGCUGUGGCAGACGUUGCUUUGAACAUUUUGUGUCUGCUGAUGAAGGACCAGUGGAGCUGGCUGUGCACUGAAAACAUACAGAAGACCAUCAGACUGCUGUUUGGCACAUUCAUAGAGAGAUGGUUGGAUGUCGGGGUUGCCCACCUCACCAGUGCCCCCUGUUGGGUCAUUUACCUACAAGUCCUGCAGGAAGCUGUUUGGCCCGGCGGCACGCUGCCUGCUCAACAUUGGCCAGAGCGCAGUCCUGCAGAAAGAGAGGAAACCAAGGAGCAAUGUUUGGACUGUCUAAUGCAGCUGAUCCCAGAGCUCAUUACUGAUAUUCUGGGAAGUGAGAAGUACAGACUGAGCCUGGAGACCAUGCUGGAGUCUGUACAGGAUCAUCAGAUAAACAAGCAUCUGAUCUACUGCGUGUGUGACCUGCUGCUGGAGUUUCUGAUCCCCGAGUCGUGUGACGAAGCCUUCCAGGGGUCUCUGCUGCACAGCCUGGCCAAAGACACAGAGAGGGACAAUCCUCACAUGUGAUCAGCACAUGAUAACACCGUGAUGGAUACUGUGCACAGAGUGUGUAUGAGGGUUAUGUUGUAUUCAGUACAGCCUGCAGUCCCUUGUCUGUGAUGGCACAUAAAGAAGAGAACUGUGUGGUUAUUCCUGGAGCACUCAAAGGGGACACAUCAGAUAGGUACAGCUGGUGCAGUGCAUCACCCGAUCAAUCAUUAACUAAUGUGCAUUGGCUCAUGGGCUCUGUGCAAACAAUGUGCAUUUGUAUUAAUAAAUAGGCAAUAAAACCACCUAUAACUACAACUCA